CCGGGUGGAGGCCCCGCGCCACGACCGUCGGAGGGCGAGGAGCGACCCCCCGCGGCCGCUCGCCUGCGGGCCCCGCCCGGAAGACCGCGACCUCUCCGCCCCCUCGAAUGCCCCGCCCUCCUGUCCCCGUCGGUCCCCACCCCACCACCGGCACACACACGGCACAGACUCUGGCUAGAGCCGCCGGUGGUGUCAGUGGCCCGGCUCCCGCGCCCGCUCCGGCUGUCGGGCGGCCUUAGCACCUGUCGGUCGGCGUCUCCUGGAGCGCGCGCCCCUGACGCCGUCGCGGCCCGGGAAGGCCAUGGUUUCCCUGCCCGGGCCCCCUGCGACCAACUUGCUGCGGUUUUUGUUCCUGGGGCUAAGUGCCUUUGCGUCCCCCUCGCGGGCCCAGCUGGAGCUGCACGUGCCCGCCGGCCUCCACAGGUUGCAGGCGGUAGAAGGAGCCGAAGUGGUGCUCCCGGCGUGGUACACCCUGCGAGGGGAGGUGUCCUCGGCCCAGCCCCGGGAGGUGCCCACCGUGAUGUGGUUCUUGGAGCAGAAAGGGAAGGAUCUGAACCAGGUGCUGGCAUACAUCGGUAGGGUCACGACGUCAAGCAAACCCGGAGUGUCCUUUGUCCACUCCAUGCCCUCCCGGAAUGUGUCACUGAGGCUGCAGGGCCUCCAGGAGAAAGACUCUGGCUCCUACGUCUGUUCUGUGAAUGUACAAGACAGUCAAGGCAUAAGUAGGGGCCACAGUAGCAAAACUUUAGAACUCAAUGUUCAGGUUCCUCCAGCUCCUCCAUCCUGCCGUCUCCUGGGCGUACCCCGAGUGGGGACCAACGUGACCCUGAGCUGCCACACCCCAAGGAGUAAGCCUGCUGCCCAAUACCAGUGGGAGCGGCUGCCCCCAUCCUCCCAGGUUUUCUUUGCACCGGUUUUAGAUGCUCUCCGUGGGUCUUUACGCCUCACAAACCUUUCCACUUCCAUGUCUGGAGUCUAUGUCUGCAAUGCCCGCAAUGAGGUGGGCAAUGCCCACUGCAAUGUGACCCUGGAAGUGAGCACAGGAUCCGGGGCUACAGUAGUGGCUGGAGCAGUUGUGGGCACGCUGGUUGGACUGGGGCUGCUGGCUGGGCUGGUCCUCUUGUACCAUCACCGAGGCAAGGCCCUAGAGGAGCCGGCCAACGAUAUCAAGGAGGAUGCCAUGGCUCCCCGGACCCUGCCCUGGCCCAAGGGCUCAGACACAAUCUCCAAGAAUGGGACCCUUUCCUCCGUCACCUCAGCACGAGCCCUCCGUCCGCCCCGAGGCCCUCCCAGGCCUGGUGCACUGACCCCCACACCCAGCCUCUCCAGCCAGGUCCUGCCCUCCCCAAGGCUACCCAGGACAGAUGCAGCCCACCCUCAGCCAAUGUCCCUCAGCCCUGGUGGGGUCUCCUCCUCUGCUCUGAGCCGAAUGGGUGCAGUUCCUGUGAUGGUGCCCGCCCAGAGUCAGGCUGGGUCUCUGGUGUGACGGCCCAGCCACUCAUUAGCUAAGCCACCUGGGUUUGCUCCUGCCUCUAGGGGCCACUCCUAGCACAGAGGUAUGAGUCUUGGGAGAGCGGCCACCUUCCAGACCUCCAGUCUUCUGUCUUUGCCUUUAUUAUGGGAAAACUAAGUCUUGGUUAAGAACCAAACUCCCAGGAGGUAGAAGAAGAGGACGUAGACCACAGAUCCGGAAGAGCCUCUGCCCCCUCCCCGUGACUGCGGGGCAAUGCUACUGAGAUUGUCUCACCCUCCCGGGGUGGAGACUGCCAGAGUCCUCCAGGUCCCUGGAUCUGUGCUCCACCCCUACCUGCCAUCACCCUUCACUCCCACUCCAGCUCCCUGCAUUAAUAGAGCCUGCCCUGCUGGUGUGCUUGAAUUUUGUUGGGGCAGGGGGUAGGGAAGAUAUUUUUAAAACUAACUUGAAAUGUGUGUUUUUGUGUUUUUGUUUUUGUUUUACAAAUUUCAAUAAAGAUGCAACGUGUUUGUAUGGAAAGUGAGAGUCAAGUCACCUUUUUAAACUUAGGAUUCCCAGGAGAGGCUGAGGUUCAGGAUGGCUUUGCAGAGAGGACCCCUAUUCAGGCCUCCAGCUUCGUCUUCAAGGGCAGGGGAGAAGAUCCUGGCUUGAGCUCCCCUCUCCCAGGCCCCUGAAUCCUUAACAAACACGUCUUGCCCGUCCAGCAGGAUCCCCUCUUGUCCUGAGGGAGAGCUCAGGAUGGGCUGUGGUGCAGGCCUGUGCCCCAGUUCUGUCUACCCUUUCCUGCCAAGGCUGGGGGCUCCUCCAAGGCUCAGUUGCUCUGUCCGUACAAUGGAGUGGCUCUGGGAGGGGGAGGGGUUGUAGUUUCCAUGGAGACUCCUACCUCAGCAAGUGGUGAUCAGAAGUGCCAAAGAAGGCAUCUCGGAGGAAAAAAGAAGAGGGGCCCUCAGAAGGAGCAAGACUCUCUGACAGGGUCAGGAGGGUCUUCAGCCUGGGGCUCAGGCUCCCAGGGUUGGGCCUGGGACGAGGUCAUCUGCCAGCUCUCAGGUCCUCAGAAUGCCUCCCUCUUCCCCAGGUCACUCUUUCCCUCCAGAGUUCCAGCUCUGAUCCCUUUCCCCCUGGGGGCUCUGACAAGCCCAGCCCCGUCCCCAGGGCCUGAGAGCUUCAGAGUUGGGGGGAAAAGGGCAGAAGACGGGAGGGGUCCCGUAUCAGGCCUGCCGGAGGGAGGGGCGUUUCCUUACCUGAGGGCGCCGGCCUCUCCCCUUGUUUGCUCUGCGAUAGCCAGUCUCGCUCCUGCCCAGUGCGAGGAGGAGGCUGCCUGCGGGCACUAUCUUCCCUCGCCCAGGCAGGACCUGGCCAUGGCUGGGCUCCUGGGGACCUCCCUCUGCGGGGCCCUGCUGGGCUUCCUGUGCAUGAGUGCCCCUGCGCUAGCCGUGGAGGUGAAGGUGCCCGCUGAGCCCCUGAGCGCGCCGGUGGGCUCCCCUGCACUUACAGCACGUCGGUGGGAGACAACUUCGCCCUUGAGUGCUUUGUGCCUCCUGGGAAGCCCAUCUCCGCGUCCCAUCCCAUACUGUACUUCACCAGUGGCCAUCUGUAUCCAACUGGUUCUAAGGCAGACAGGGCCAGCCUGCUUCAGAAUCCCCCCACAGGAGGGGUGGCCACCCUGAAACUGACUGAUGUCCACCACUCAGAUACUGGAACCUACCUCUGCCAAGCAAGUUAACAACCCCCCAGAUUUCUACAGCAAUGGGUUGGGGCUAAUCAACCUUACUGUGCUGGUGCCCCCCAGCAGCCCCUUGUGCAGUCAGAGUGGUCAAACGUCUGUGGGAAGCUCUGCUGCACUGAGAUGCAGCUCUUCCGAGGGAGCCCCCAGGCCAGUGUACCACUGGGUCCACCUCGGAUCUUCCCCUACACCUUCUCCAGGCAGCAUGGUGCAAGGGAGGAUGCAAUCGCUCCUGGGAUGUCUGAGCAAACUUCUGUGAGGGCUGAUUAUAGCAAUGGGCUCCUGGAGAGGCCCCACUCUGCCAGCAGUGUGACGACCACCAAGUCCAAGAUCCCUAUGGUUGUCUGAUUUCUCUCCCGAACCCUGAGGGGUAAUAUCGAAAAUUAAAGCCUUUGGGUACCA